GACCCCACUGCUCCCACACGCCCACCCACCCGGCGGUGACUGACCGGCCGGGCCCACGCCUCCUCACCCAUGGGGAACAGCAAAAGCGGAACCCUGUCCAAGGAGAUCCUGGAGGAGCUGCAGCUGAACACCAGGUUCACGGAGGAGGAGCUGAGUACCUGGUACCAGUCCUUCCUGAAGGAGUGCCCGAGCGGCCGCAUCACCCGGCAGGAGUUCCAGACCAUCUACUCCAAGUUCUUCCCUGAGGCCGACCCCAAGGCCUACGCCCAGCACGUGUUCCGCAGCUUUGACGCCAACAGCGAUGGCACCUUGGACUUCAAGGAGUAUGUCAUCGCCCUGCACAUGACCAGCGCCUGCAAGACAAACCAGAAGCUGGAGUGGGCCUUCUCCCUCUAUGAUGUAGACGGCAACGGGAGCAUCAGCAAGAGCGAAGUGCUGGAGAUCAUCGUGGCUAUUUUCAAGAUGAUCAGUCCUGAGGACGUGAAGCAUCUUCCGGAAGAUGAGAACACCCCGGAGAAGCGAGCUGAGAAGGUCUGGGGGUUCUUUGGCAAGAAGGAUGAUGAUAAACUUACAGAGAAGGAGUUCAUCGAGGGAACCCUCGCCAACAUGGAAAUUCUGCGACUGAUCCAAUUUGAGCCGCAAAAAGUGAAGGAGAAGUUUAAGGAAAAGAAACCCUGACGUCAACUGCUCAGGUCUCCUCCCUGUCCCCGCCCCCCCCCCGCCCCAACAUAAACACGCAUGUGCACACGCGCCGCCGCCGGGGCGGGAGAGCCUCCAACCCACAGCACCUUAACCCCGCAGCACCGCUUCCUGCCAAACGGAAGUGUCUUUAGCAAUUCACCAAGUCCCGCCCACUAUACCUGCCUGCCUCCCCUCCACCUGCCCGCCAGCCCAGGCUUCCGCAGUAAUCCCAGGAUUAGGUCACAGGAGCCCUAAAUAUCCCCACGCCCUACCGUGUAAGCUCCUUUGUGGAUUGUUGGGUAAGCAGGUUCCAAUAAAGGCAAGAGGAGCCGGGCA